AUUAUUCUUCAUAAUAUAUUGUAAUGUAAUUACUGAAUACAAUAUAAAAUAUAUUUAACAAUUAGAAGCUAAAAUUACACCGUUCCAACCUGAAAGACAGUUAAUAGCAGGUAUGGUGCGUCAAAAACUUGACGUGCACAGAGAGUACAAAUAAUAGUGUCCUGUCCUGGAGAAGUCUGAAGUGCUUGUACUUAUACAGGCGAUUAUCACGCCGCAUAGCACUAUACUAUUUCUACCUAUCCUGCUAAGAUUGACUGCAAAACGUUACGGAAAAGGUAAAGACAUCGAGUUGUUAGUAUUAGCUACUGUUAGCAGACGGCUGAGUACUUUAGUAUUGAUGUUGAGAGAUUUCAUUGUGUGCUAUGUCUGCUAUAUUUAACUUCCAGAGCUUGCUAACAGUAGUUUUAUUACUUAUAUGUACAUGUGCAUAUAUUAGAACAUUAUUUCCCAGUGUUCUUGAUAGAAAUAAAGUUGGAUUUCUGGGUACAUUCUGGAAGUGUGCACGAAUUGGUGAAAGAAAGAGCCCAUAUGUUGCAGCAUGUUGUAUUAUAAUGGCAUUCAGUAUUUUAUUCCUAUCCUAACAGACAUGAUAAAUCAACUGUAAAACGUGGUUGGGACUUUUGUUGUUUAUUAACUAACCCCCAAGUUUAAGCCUUAAAAUGUAAAUUUUCUUGUUUUAUGAAUUUGUAAAUUUAUAUUUUUAUCAACAA